AAUUUAAGGGUUUGUUUCUUGUUUCAGGUUCUGGGAAGAGAAUCUAUGCGACAACAAGAGACUGUGAGUGGUGGCUGGAACGACAAAACCUCAACGACUGGUGAUGAUGAUAGAAACAGGGAACAAGAGGAGAAUCUUGGUUCCAUGUAUCAGGAUCAGAGAGUGCAACCUUGUCAUCUGAGUUCUUCCAUCUAUUACGGUGGCCCAGAUGUUUAUUUCCAGCCCCAGAAUUCGAACAUCAACUCGACGAAGAAGAAAGAAGGAGGCGAAGAUGAUUCAGGAAGUGCCUCAAGAGGAAACUGGUGGCAAGGGUCUUUGUAUUACUAA